AUGUCGUCGAGAACGUUACCUCUGCUUUUCAUAAAUCUUGGUGGAGAAAUGCUGUACAUCCUGGAUCAACGCCUACGAGCUCAGAAUAUCCCAGCCGACAAGGCUAAGAAAGCUGAUUGGCUAGAGGAGGACAGAAAAAGAGUUAUGAAUGAUAUCAUCACCACCAUGUUCAAUAAGAAGUUUCUGGAGGAGUUGUUCAAGCCACAAGAACUGUACUCCAAGAAGGCCUUGAGGACUGUAUUUGAUCGCCUUGCUCAUGCCUCAAUCAUGAGACUCAACCAAGCUAGUAUGGACAAGCUGUAUGAUCUGAUGACCAUGGCUUUCAAGUAUCAAGUCCUGCUGUGCCCUCGACCUAAGGACAUUCUCCUUGUGUCCUUUAACCACAUGGAUGCAAUCAAGGACUUUGUAAGAGAUACCCCCAGCAUUCUCAGCCAAGUGGAUGAAACCUACAGACAACUCAUAGAGAUAUACACGCCCUUAUCUGCGGGUGAAUUUCAACUCAUUAGACAAACACUCCUCAUCUUUUUUCAAGAUAUGCACAUAAGGGUGUCCAUUUUUCUGAAAGAUAAAGUACAGAAUUCCAACGGACGAUUUGUCCUUCCCACGUCUGGUCCUGUUCCAUGCGGGACCCAAAUCCCUGGACUUAUUAGAAUGUUCAGUUGUACUGGUGAGGAAGUGAAGAGAGCACAGUUUCGUAACGGAGGAAACUACACCAGUGCUCUCAGAGAGGGUUCCUUUGAGAUGUUUGGUGAGAGAGUCAUCAAACUGGGCACAAACAUGUACAGCGUGAGCCGGCCAGUUGAGACACACAUGUCAGGGACCUCUAAGAACUCUGCACAGCACACCAAGGUAAACACGGCGCCAAAUCCCCUUGCCAAAGAGGAGCUUAACUUGCUUGCAAAGCUCAUGGGAGGUUUGGAGGUCCAGAGGCCAAGCAACACAGACUCUGGUUUCCGUGUUAACCUUUUCGCCACGGACGAGGAGGAAGAAGAAGCUUUAAUCUCAAGACCAGAGGAGUUCUCCUAUGAGGUGAUCAAUAUCCAGGCAACCAAGGACAAACAGGCCAGUGCUGAGCUCCAAAAGAUCAUGGGAGAGUUCCAAGAGGCUGGGGAACCUGCUCCAAGCUCUAGCAGCAAAGGCGAUGACCUUUUGGCUAUGAUGGAUGGCCUGUGA